CCCGUCUCUCUCUCUCUAUAAAUAAACCCCAACCUUCGGAAAUCUCUCGCACAUCAACAAAGUCAAAAAAACAUAUCAUGUGCGAUAGCCUAAAUCGAGACUAUCAGUUGUGCGAAGAGCUCGGCCGCGGCCGAUUCGGCGUCGUCUACCGCUGCUACUCCGCCGCCGCCGGCGAAUCAUUCGCCUGUAAAUCCAUCUACAAGGACUCUCUCUCCUCCGACCCAAUCGACCGCCGCUGCCUCGACACGGAGCCCAAAAUCCUCCACCUCCUCUCCGGCUGCCCUAACAUCCUCCGCCUCCACAACGUCUACGAGGACGCCACCUACAUCCACCUCGUCACCGAUCUCUGCGACGGCGGCGAUCUAUUCGACCGCAUCUCCUCCGUCGGCCGCUUCUCCGAGCCCGACGCCGCCGCCGUUCUGAAGCAAUUGACGUCGGCAAUCGCCUAUUGCCACCGAUUGGGGGUGGCGCACAGAGACAUCAAGCCGGACAACAUUCUUUUCGACUCUCGUGGAAAGCUGAAGCUCGCCGACUUUGGAUCCGCCGAAUUGUUCGGCGGCAUUUCCGAGAUGAGCGGCGUGGUGGGGACGCCGUACUACGUGGCGCCGGAGGUGCUGACGGGGAGGAGCUACGGCGAGAAGGUCGAUGUGUGGAGCGCUGGGGUAAUUCUGUACAUAAUGCUCGCCGGUGUGCCGCCGUUCUUCGGAGACGGUCCGGCGGAGACUUUCGAGGCGGUGCUGCGGGGUAAUUUGAGGUUUCCGACGAAGAUUUUCCGAUCGGUGUCGCCGGAGGCCAAGGAUCUGUUGAGGAAGAUGAUUUGUAGAGAUGUUUCCAGGAGACUAUCCGCUGAACAAGUUCUGAGGCACCCAUGGAUAAUAAAUGGAGGAGUGACGUCAUCAAUGGCGGAUUUCGCCUGAGAAUUAGUUAGAAUAAAAACAGAGUGCUAUUAUAUAUCUAUGUAAAUUAGGUGUUUGAUAGAUGGAUAAUCCUCUCUUUCCCCAUUACUUUUGUGUUAGUUUUUUUGUAAUCUGAGGUUUGAGGAAAUGAAGAAGGGAUGAUUAUUCUAAUUUUUCA